UCCUACUGAGGGUGCAUGCACUUUCACUGUUUGCUGUACCAGGCUGUCAGUGUGCCCAGUACUGAGCCAUCCCCAGCUCAUCCCUGCCACUCCACCAAGCUGUGCUUCUGGGUAAGGAGUCUUGGUGGAUCCUCCAGGCAUCAUGUUGAGGUGUCUCAUCCUAAUGGCAUGUGCGCUGUGUGCAGACUGCGCAGGUAAUAAUUAUCUGGAUGUCUGCAUGAAUGGGACGCAUCAGAAAACUGAACCGGGACCCGAAGACAACUUACACGGACAGUGCACCCCUUGGAAGGAGAAGUCCUGUUGUACGCCAGCAAUCAGCCAAGAGGCGCACAGUGACCAGUCCUACCUCUACAAUUUUGACUGGAACCACUGUGGAGCAAUGUCCCCGGAAUGCAAGAAACACUUCAUCCAAGACACCUGUUUCUACGAAUGUUCCCCUAAUUUGGGGCCUUGGAUCCAGGCGGUGGACAGUUCCUGGAGAAAGGAACGGAUACUGGAUGUACCCCUUUGCCAAGAGGACUGCGAGGACUGGUAUAAUGACUGCAAGAUGGACUAUACGUGUAAAGAUAACUGGCAUGUGGGAUGGAAUUGGACAGGAGGGAUUAAUAAGUGUCCGGAGGGCUCGCGAUGCAGAACAAUUGGUGACGUGUAUGGAAGCGCAAGCUAUUUUUGUGAGACAGUCUGGAGCAAUUCCUACAAGUACACCACCCACAAACGUGGCAGUGGGCAAUGUCUCCAGGUCUGGUUUAAUGUCACGGAUGGGAAUCCAAAUGUGAAGGUAGCAGAGUAUUAUGCAAAACUCCGGGGUAGUGCCAACGUGCCACAAGUUGGCUUGCUCCUUCUGGUAUCUCUCACUGCCAUGGGGAUCUUAAACAUCGAUUGACUUUACUAUUUCACCUGCAAAAAACUUUUUUAUUUACUUCUCGAUCCAACAAUCAGGACAGAGCCUGCUGGAAAUUCCCCAGAAUUCCAGAUACCUUGCCAGAGGUUGCACCCAAUACGGUCUUUAAAACUGAUGAUCUAUAAACCAAACGUCGUACCAUAUCAGAGGCUCUACGUAAUGCCAUCUCCAAUAUGGACCUUGAAACCAAACCUCCUACCAUAUCAGACACUGUACCCAAUACUGUUUCCAAUCUGGAUCCAGAAACUAAGUCUUGUACUAUAUCACAGAUUCUAUGCAACACUGUCUCCAAUAUGGACCUAGAAACCAAAUCUUGUGCCAUUUCAGUGGUCUACCUAAUACUGUGUUCCAUAUGGACGUUGAAUCUACAUCUGUAGUUAUCUUUUUAUCACGUCAGACGUAUCCAAUGUGAGCUUAGAAACCAAUUUUCCAAUGAUUCAGCUUAAUUCUUCUCCUCCUAUUUAUUCUUUAUGGACAUGAUAUAGUGUGCAAUGUAUCCAAGUAUGGGUGUGAGAUCAAUGGUUUGAAUCUCUUUCUCCUUGUAAUGUACAGGCCGAGGGUACCCCUUCCUCAGUCCUGACCUCCCUUACAGCCCUGAUGUGAGUGUGUUUAAUCUGCUAAGGUGUGUAUUGAUGAUUUAUUGGGUUCUGAUCUCCUGCACCCUGUCUAGUUCCUGCAGUGAUUAAUGAGGGGUGGGUGUGUGCUUGCUACUAUUGCUCACUCGGCUAUGACGGUGCCAGGGUUGUACUGUUUAUGGCCAUCAGAGGGAGCUGGAGCACCACAGUCUGAACGGUUUCUCUCUGGGUUAUACAACCAAAUAAAGAUCUGGGACAUUUUGUGUGAAGAAC